CAUAAGUCUGCCUUCUACGCCGAGCUCAAGUCCACGCCGCAAGCAGUUGGCUCCGCCGUUGUCAGUGAAUAUUUCAGUACUCUGUGCUCACACAUCCUUGAACCAGGGCACGGAGAUGAAGGGCCACUCCCCAGAGAUGGUCUGGUUCCAUAAGUUUGAAGGAACAUCCACGACGAAAAUCAGAAGGGCACCAAGGCUUAACGACGCAGAACGGGACAGCUGUAAUUUGUUAUACAUUAUCACAUUGAGAAAACUUCUCCCGAUCACGACGCUGACCGGAAACGAGUUCCUUGCCGCAUGGUGGCAAAUUGUAAUUUGUCAUCGGGCCCUCUGGAAGAGGGGCGUGCGCCACCACGACACCAACCCCAGCAAUUUCAUGGGAUACCACUCAGGUGGUCGAUUUAUUGGCGUCUUCAAUGACUUCGACUUGUCAUCGAUUAAACGAGAUGGUCCAGGCUUCGAGCGCACAGUAAUGUUGCCAUUCAUGGCGUUAGAGCUUCUCGCAGAUGCUAUCACAGGCGAAGUCGAGCACGUGUACCAGCAUGUUGCUGAAUCGUUCAUCUGGGUCCUCACCUGGAUCUGUCUUCGGUAUGAAGGUGGAAAGCUCCUCAGCAAGAGACCACUGGAUGACUGGCUGAUAGCGGAUGCCAAUGCAUGCCAUGACACAAAAAUGAGCUUUAUAGCAAGGCUGCGUCGGAUGCGUCCACCGCGAUCGCACAAAGAGAACUUCAACGUUGCUAUGCAUGGCUUAGCGGUGGUUUACAAAUAUAUAUUCCCAUUCGAGACCGUUCCAACGGACGAUGAAGUGGUGUUCCAAACAUGGCUCCAGGAACAUAUGCCGGCGGAUGUGCGCGAAGGCAAUAUCUUGUCUGCACAGUAGGGUAAGUAUACUUGCAGUUGAACGUUGAGGUAGCGUGCGUCCGAGAUGUGAUUUCACGUACUAUUUUGCAGAACGAAUAACAAG